AUGUCCCGCCCCACGUCCCCCUCUGUCUCCCGCCCCCUCGUUCUCUCCACCCUCGAUGAACUCGCUGCCCCGCCUCGCCCCCGCACCGCUUCCCUACCCGCCACCGCUGACCCCUUUACGGCCCAUCCGACUGGCUCUGGCUCCUUCGUCACCUACGAACCAGACAACGCAAGCAUGGGCUCUGCCUCGCCACCCCCUGCGUCUGUGCCCCUUGCAAUGCUCCCUAGGCGGGCCCGCGGAAGCUUGCUCAUGGCGUCUGGUCUCUCCUUCGUCCGGGCGAAGCACAAGGGCAAGAAACCGCCGACACCUGUCCAGCCAUCUCCCUUCGUGUUCUCCGAGGUCAUCGAGAUUUCCGCGCCGCGCAAGGACGACGACGACGAAGAGCGGGACCGUCUGCGCGACGCCGCCGCACAGUCUAUCGGCCUCGACCCCGUCCUGCUCGCAGAUGAGCGCUCCCUCUCCGAACCGGACGUUCCAGAGGACACGCGUGCAGGCUCCUCGACGCCCACUCCCGCUCCGUCCGCCGAGCUUCCUGGCUUCCCGUCGACGCGCUCUGCUUUGGAAUCGUUUGUACAGCUCCAGGCGCGAAUGGCAAAACACUACCCGCCACCAUCAUUCCUCAAGCUUACCCUCGCACGCCAGUGGAAGUAUCGUGUGCUCGUGCUGACGAGCGCCGCACAGGGUAGCGCAUGUUUGCACGUAUUCAAGACAGGUGUAUCUGACGAACGCGAGCUGGAACGCCUCCCCGUAGGCGUGGACACCGUUGUGUUCGUCGCUGACGAGGAUGUCGGCGGUCGGCGUGGUGUGGUACGUGUCGGCCGCCCCGACGGCGCGGGUAUGGAUAUGGCAUUACACAUGGCAGACUCUGCGCAAGCCCAGGAAUGGAUUGCCGUUAUCAAGCAGGCCGUGCUCAGCCAACGUUCUUUCCGCGCGGGCCUUGGUCUGAUGGCGCACAGCCCCGGCGGGGUCGAACCACGCGGGGAUAUGGACGUGAUGUUGAGCAUGCGCGCGCAAGGCAUGCUCUCGUCCCCGACGUCGUCGACUUUCAGCCCGGAGAUUGCGAGCGCGCCCGUGAGCCAGCGCUCAACAAGUGCAGCAGGCACGCGCUCGCCCUCGGGCGCCGUCUCUGCACUGCGCGGUCUGUUCUCAAGCCCUGGCAGCCGCCCUCGGUCCCCGUCGAUGGCGAGCACACGCGUUGACAGCGAAGACUCGGGCAGUCAGCAUGAAGAUUCAUUCGGCCGCGUGGGCACGAGCCUGCUUGGCAUGCUCAGAUCGCAGAGCGUCGCGAGCGAGCGCCCGAUAUCGCCUGUGAGCUCGAUGAGCGCGGGUAUGGUCCCUGCGUCAGUGCCUGCGACUCCGCGCCAGACAGAGAUCCCGCUCGUACAGCCACAUCCGCACUUGGACCGCAAGAUUCUACAAGACAAGGAUCUGGAUCUGAUCGAGUUCAGACCAGCCAGCGGCGGAACGGACGUGAGCGCGCUGCUCCGUGGACGCUCCCCGCUCUCAAUGGCGACGCUGCGUGCUACGCCUGCCCCUGCGACGACACCCCCGCCCCUCCAGCCACCGCCAAGACGACGCGGGUACACCAUCGGGAGCACCCCCAUGGGCGCGCGGCCCCGACCUGACACGAUCGCGGGGACCGCAUAUACGCACGCGAACGGAAGCACCGCGGAGAGCUUCGGACUGCGUGCCGCGGGCAUGAGCAUGCUGUUCGCUUCGCAUCCACCGCCUGCUCCGAGCUCACGUCCGGGCAGCUCCGGCGGUCAAGCGGAGGGCAAGCCACGAACGUCCCUGUCAUCAGUCUCAUCAUAUGCGUCGUACGCGUCGAAUGAGCGGCAUGCGUCGUCCGAGGCGGGACACUCUAACGGACAUGUGAACGGGAACGCCAACGGUUCUAUCAAUGCGAAACGCUGGUCCCGGCAGAGCAUACUACCGCACCGGCUGACGCCUCCAGAGGGUGCCCUACCCGCGCCGCCUGCACCUCCCUCUACGCAUGGUUCGCCAAGGUCAAUCUCAUCGCUCCCUCGCCAUCCAUACGCUGCGGAGUCAUCAUCGCAGAGCGUCAGCAACGACAGCCCCCAGAGCUUCGUCUUCAACCUUCGCGAAUCGUCACGGCGUGAUACGUCUCCGUUGAGCAGCGCCAGCCCCCAGAGCUUCGUGCUCAACCUGCGCGAUUUCUCGCGGCGCGCGUCGAGCUCGUCCGCACGGAGCUUUAGCAGCGUGAGCACGUCCCACUCGCGCGCCACGACAAGUAAUGGCGGAAGCUUCCUGGGGCAUCGCCCGCGCUCGUCCCACCGCGCGUCGAUGCCUCCGCCCCAGCGGCCCGCACCGCUCACAGCUCUGCCACCCACGCCUGCGUCCACCGAGUCUGACUCGCCGCCGAAGUCGCCGAGCUCUGCGCCAUCUCACAAGACUUCGUUCCGCGAGUCGCUCGCCCUACGCCGUUUGUCAUUGUCCCCGCCCAGCGUCCCGCCCUCGUCCAGCCUGCCUCCGUGCCCCGACGAGCCGACGUACCGUGGCCACGGUCACCGUAGGAGCCUGAGUAACGCGAGUCCGCUGACGCCCAUCCCUGCGUCUCCGGGAGCGAGCAUCUCAGGCUCUGGCCCUGCUCCCCCGUUCCCACCACCUAACGCCUCCUUGCCCCCAACGCCGGAAGCACAUUCAACUUCUUUCACCUCCGCACAACAUCCCAAUGCUACACCUACGCCCCAGCCGAAUCCGCAACCGCAGUCCCGCGCAGCCGCCUUCAAGCAGCGCAUACGCAUGCUCAGCGCGCCCUCCCAGGUUGCCCCGCUCCCUCUCAACCUCCCGCCGCCGUCGCCGACCCCAUCCACUGUCAACCCCUACUCCGUUCCGAGCACACCCAUCGGCGAGCCGAUCGCGCAACCCUCCCUUCAAAAUGACCCCAGCUUUGUCUCCUCCGCGUCGAUGCCCCCAAUGCCCCAUCUGCCUCUGGGCAGCGCAUUCUCGCCGCACACCUUUGCGGCGGACGACCACGAGCACGGCGUGACGUCGCUCUCGCCCCCGCCGCGGCGCGGGUCGCGGAGGAUAUCGCGGUUUCCGGAUAACGGGAGCGACGACUCGUCAGAGAAGGACAAACCGAGACCCUCGACGGCCGACGCCGCGGGCGACGCUGGCCAUCGACACGGCUCCCUAUCGCUUUCGUCGCGAACGUCAGCUGUUUCUUUAAUCAACUUGCACUCUACGUAG